AUCUUGGCGAAAUCAGACUUGAGGAUUUUCACCUGAGUUUCCAAGUUGGAGGUCCGAAUUCAAGAGGCGUUCCAUUGCACUUUUCCAUGUAGGAAGUUGGAAAUUCCAACUUUCCAAGUUGAUUGGAACUGCAGCACAAGGUAUGUGCCCUUGCCUCACCAAAUCCGGAAAUUAAAGGAUUACUCUUAACUGCCAAACACUGGAGAUCUGGUAUGCAAAAGACCUCAUGAAAGUCAAGAACGGUCAACCACCCCUACUCCUGCCCUGUUGAGAAGUACUGUUGAAAUGUGCAUUUGGACAUUGAAAGACCUCAAUGCUGCAUUUGAUGGAUUUAUAACUACUCAAAGAAACUGUUUGAGAUAACCAUAUGUGUUCACCUGUGUGAUUUAAACGGAAUAUACAAUGAAUUUUCUGGACAUCCAUCAUGGAUUUCUAAAUCCACUUGCUGCUCUCCCAUGGCCUGUUUUCAUGGUGCACAUCACACCACUCUAAAGAGGAACUUGAUGAUGGCAAAAAACACAAUUCAUGACAUUAUGUUGCUGCGUUUCCCAGAGCACAUGUACUGGGGAGGGAUUCUUCAAGGACUAUAUCCACCCCCUCUUUCACUCUUUCCUCUUCUCCUCCUAAUGUUGUUGCCCUCAGAUGCAGUAAGUAGUGUACCAGGUUUGGAAUAUGACUGGGGCACCCAACCUAAACUUGUUUGCAUCCCUAUCCCUGCAGAUGCAGACCCAAGUUGUUUCACACCAGGUGGGGCUGCACUUGGGCCUAACAGCAAUGGGCAUGGGAAUGGACAUCAUGGACCAGUUAGUGGACUGCCAAAUGGUCAUAGUAGUAGUAGUGGUAGCCGACAUGGCAUAUCUGAUGAGGCCAAAGCCACCAUCCUUCACCUGAGAGAGAGCCUUGUGCAACAGAAAGAAACCAUCCUCGAUCAGCGAGAGACCAUUCGGGAACUGACAGCAAAAUUGAUCCUCUGCGAGGGCUUUGGGAGAGGGGCAGGAGGGCACCAUGAUGACCAUCAUGGCCCUUCACACCACAACUCUCAUCAUUCCACACAUCACCAUGACAACCAUCAUGCUGAUCCACACUUCCCUUUAAACGGGCAUCGCAAUGAUCAUCACAGAGGCAAAUCUCCAUAUCUGGGCAAACAUGGGAGCUUUUCCCCAGAACAAACAGGAAAGACCUUGCAAGCUUUGAAGGAGAGGCUGGAAAAUCUUCAGACAAGAAAUUCUUCCAGUUCCUAUUCAAGUUCUUUGAGAGACCUCCUACAACGUAAAAUUAACGCACUGGAAGAACAGCUCCAUCAUCACUAUGACAGUCAUCACAACUAUGGUCACCAUGACAAUCAUCAUGGAAAUGAUCAUCAUGGUGAUCACGAUCACCAUGAUGAUCACGAUCACCAUGACCAUGAUGACCAUCAUGAUAACCACUCCAACCACCAAGCAAACCACCAAGCAAACCACCACGAUGACCAUCACUCCAACCAACAUUAUAAUCAUCAUUAUAGUUAUCACUACGACCGACACAAUGACCACUAUGACGAUCACCAUGACAAUCAUCAUAAUGGCCAUGAUGACCAUCAUGUCACCCACAACAACCACCAUGACGAUGACCAUGAUGAUGGCAAUCAUGACAGUGGUCAUCAUGAGGAUGUGCAUCAAAGCAAUGGUCAGCACGAUGAUCGACACCAUGGCAGUGAUGAGAAUGGACACCAUCCUCAAAUCCCUUACAAGCCAAAUUGGUCAAGAGCUCCUGCCCGUGGAGCCCACAAUAAAUUAGAAACAGUGCUCGGUAAUCUUCACCACAAGACUCCUGAAGCAGGACCAAACAAGAAGCUUAAGAAUCCUGACGCUUUUCAGAUUGGGUUUCCAAUGCGUACCAACUAUAUGUAUGGCCGGAUCAAGCGCACCCUUCUGAAUGAGAUCUUCGCCUUAACAGUUUGUCUUUGGUUAAAAGGGGGCUCAGGUCCUGGGAUCGGAACACCAUUCUCAUACUCUGUCCCGGGUCAAGCCAAUGAACUUGUCCUGAUUGAGUGGGGCAACAAUCCCGUGGAGCUACUAGUGAAUGACAAGGCCGUCACUCUUCCCCUUUCUCUGACGGACAGUAAGUGGCACCACCUCUGUGUGACAUGGUCCACACGUGAUGGCAUGUGGGAAGCUUAUCAGGAUGGUGUGAAAAGGGGCUCUGGGGAGAAUCUGUCCUCUUGGCAUCCAAUUAAACCAGGAGGAGUCUUUAUCCUCGGACAAGAGCAGGACACUCUGGGUGGCCGUUUUGAUGCCACACAGUCUUUUGUGGGCGAGAUGUCGGAUCUACAAUUCUGGUCACGUGUGCUGACCUCUACCGAGAUCUACAACCAAUCUUCCUGCUCCAGCCAUCUCACUGGGGAUGUCAUCACCUGGAGCGAGCCCAUGAUCGAACUCCAUGGAGGAGUCACAAAGUAUCCAUUUGACCCUUGUCAUUAAGGAUCUAAUGACCAGCAAUCCCAAAAAGAGCCAGAUGUUGAGAUUAUAGGCCACCAAGUAUAUACUUCCUACUUUACUUGCAGCUUGAAAGGUGGACAAAUACUGUAUGAGUCCAGAUGGCAAGACGUUGAAUGCAAAGCCGAAUACAAGGCAAGACAUCGAAGGCAAAGCCGAAUACAAGGACUCCGACAGCAGCUGCUAAUGCAGAGAUUCCCAUGGCAGGCUGAAAGGAUUCACUAUAUUCCAAAAAGUUCCAUAUAGGAAUUGGGCAUUUCCCUUCACAGUUGGUUCACUUCCAAGUGGAGUGUAAGAACUGUAUAAAGUAAGAACUUCAGUUCACUGAGUACAAGCAAAGACACUCCACAAAAACAAAACAAAAAAAGAAACAACAACAUUACAAUUUGUAUGAACUGUGAAAAUAUACUAGACUGAAGUUCAUUAGAAGGGACAGAGUGGAACAUUUUAUAUCUGUAAAAUUCAAGUUAAAUUCAAGAAAUAUAAACUUUUUUCCAUUUCUUUGGAGAGACCAAUUUGAAUUGGCUCUGGGCAGCAUGGAGGCAACAAUGAGUUUUAAAGGCCUACUUUAAGCCAUUGUAUUACAUUUAAUUUAUGCUACAUUUCUUUUAAAGCAUGGGCCCGUAUUCACAAAAACUCUUAUGGCUAAAAGUAGUGAAUGCAGAAAUGUAUGACCAAUUCGUUUCACUCCAAAUUUUAGGACUUCUUAAGUGUGGCUUUUCGAGCGUGUUACCGUGGAGACAGCACGGGCUUUGGCUUUCUCCACGGCAUCCACGCACAACUCACCACGUGCCCCAACGAGAGCGAGAACCACAUUAUAAAGACCACAAGGUGGUUAACCCAACGUGACUCUACCUACCCUAGCAACUGAGCAAAUUGGCUGCUUAGGAAGCCUGACUGGAGUCACUCAGCAUGCCCUGGAUUCGAACUUGUGACUCCAGGUUUGGUAGGCAGCGUCUUUACUUGCUGAGCUAACCCCUACUUGCUGAGCUUCCUUGCUGAGGUCCCUCACUGGACACAUCUAAAUAAAACUGUGUAGUGUGGAUGAAUUGGGAAUUUCUGUAAUUUGUCAGCAAUAAUCUAUCAUAUAUAUGCCCUCUCCACAGGGGCAUAGUUUCCAGGAGUGGUGGGGGAUUGGUAACACCCCCCCCCCCACCCACCACCACCACCACACACACACACACACACACACACACAAUAUUUAUACCAAGAUCAAAGGAAAUAUGUAGGUGCUUCACACUCCAACCCCGAUAUUCAAGCCAAGUCUUUGCCCUUGCCUCUCCAGACUGCAUAUCCUGCGACAAUUCAUAGUAUUUUUUUCUAUGGAUCCACGUUCGUGUCUACAUUCAAAAAGAGGGCAUUUACAGGGAAUCACGAUAAUCGUGGAGCUGUGUUUUGAUGCUGUUUACGGGAUCUAUCUAGCUAUCUAUCUGUCUCUGUCUGUCUGUCUGUCCGUCUAUCUAUCUUAGCUGACAAAUAGCUGUUACCUGUUUACCAAUCACUGAGGGUGAUUUAAAAGAGUGACGUAAUAAAACAUGAUGUCAUCCUUAGCAACGAGGUCAACUCUGCCUUACACUUAUCUUAAGAUUACCUUACUAAAACUUGGUCUUAGUAAUUUUGUGAAUAGGUUUUAAGCAAAAACGCCAAGGUAGGAACUCUUUGGAGAACUACUAGUGUUAAGAUAUAAAUCUUUGAAUACGGGCCCAGGACUCCAAUUAGUUCUGAUUAUAGUGUAUAACCCAAGGUGCUCUUUCAGUCUUAACAAUCAAUAAUAAAUUAUGCUAAGAAAAGAUUGUAAUGUUUUUACAUGCAUGCAAAUAUUACAAAAAGCAAGAUAAAGGUUUUUGCAGGUAGAUGUGUCUGCGAGUAAAAUAAUAAAUACUUUUCUUUUUUUACUAAAUGUCAACUGUUGUCUUUUUCAAAGCUAACCUCACAGAAAAGACAUCAAAAACAUAUACGUUGGACUUCAGGUGGUUGCCUUGAGACUCAUUCUGUCCCUAUGUAACAGCAUUUGACAUAUAAAGAAUUAGUAUAUUCAUUUUGCCAAAUUUUACCAAAAAGAAAUGUAGUUGUGUGUGAUUUACCACAGAAGUUCACCUGCUCUAUUUUUUAUUUUUUUUUUUUUCAAAAAGUGCACCUUUUUGCAGUUUACCCCCUCAUUUUGUAUUUAAUUAUAAUACUUCAUUUUGGUGACUUUUUAUGCACUAAUGUGUGCUGGAUUAGCUUGUCUGCUGGUAUCUUAACGAGCACGCGUUUUGAUGCACUUUUUUUUGCGCUAAUAAAUUUUUACUACAAUGUUGUCAAAUUGCUUACCAAUAUAACAAGCGUACCCUGUGUGGCAGUCUUUUUGAACAUAUGUUCAAUAUUCUGUGACAAUGACGCUGCUGCCUGUUUCUCUUCAGUCUCUCCUGCUCUUUUCGCCCCAUACUCACUAUCCAUCUGGAUGUCGUUGUCACUGACAGGCAUCACUGAUUUA